AGUGCUGGUUGAGAUUCUUUUCACGUGUGUAUGUUGGCAGUUUUGCGCGUUUCUGUGAACUAUGACUAUUUACCAGAUAGAUUAACUUAUUUGUACUUCGUUCGCGUAAACAAUGUCCUCCAGAAACUCCAGUCUGGAAAACGAUGAAUGCGAUAGCGCCCAAAGUAACUUAAUAGAGAAUCAGCUAAGAGUUGUGGAGCACACCGACCACAUUAUCAACUAUCAGAAUUGCACUGUUUUACUUUGUGCGAGAUGCAAUUUAGUGCUGUGUGACUCGCUAGGGGUUUGUGGGGACGCCAAGAAUAUCAAAUCCAUCAUUUGUCUCAAAGUUACUAAGGAUGUGAGUGUGAAAGAAAAGCUCGAGGUGUGCUUGGAAGGACCUCUUGCAUUUUGCACUUAUAAAGUCAUUGAAUGUGUUGGAUGUUAUCGUGUUGUGGGAGUCGUCCUUCAUUCUACACCUCAACAUUUGUCCUCUUUGCGGAAUCUCUUCCUCUUAAGGAAAGAAGUGCUAAAUUGCUACCUGUUGAAAAAUGGCACAAUGGUGAAAGCUUCGAGAAUCAGCUUUGAGAACAGACCUCUCAAAAAGAACAUCAAUGAGCUGAAGCAGGAUCUGGAAGCUCAGCUGAAGCAACUGGACCUUUUGAAAGGGAUGCUGGGAGAGAUGAGCAUUGACAGAAUGAAAAGGAGAUUUGGAGCCACCACCAGUCACUCCACCUUCUCCGAUAGUGAUGAAUAAUGUCUGGUUCUACUGUUCAUGAGUGUAGACCAACAUGUGCAGUUUACGUGUGUUAUUGGCAAAAGCAACACAAGGUUACCUCAGAUGGUUAUAUAAGUUGUUGUUGUUGUUGUUGUUGUUUAACAGCUGUGAGGAGUUAUCUGGCUUGAAGAAAACAGUGUUGGAGAAAAAGCUUGUUUCUUUAUGUAUUGCAUGUUUUUAUUAAUUUAACCAAAUAAAUGUUAUUCCUAUAGUUUUAGUGCCCCUUUCCAUGUAAAUUUCUUUAUCACAAGGAGUAGGUUCAUAGA